AUGGCUGAGAAUCCCGACGUCCCUAAAAACAACAAGGCUUUCGUGCCUCUUGAAAACAACCCCGAAGUAAUGUCCCACCUCGUACACCAACUCGGCCUUUCUCCAUCCCUAGGCUUCACAGACGUCUACUCAAUCGACGACGCGGAUCUCCUCGCCUUCGUCCCCCGCCCCUCCCACGCGCUCCUCCUCGUCUUCCCCGUCUCAAAAACCUACGAAGCCUCCCGCAUAGCCGAAGACAGCUCGCUACCCGAAUACACGGGCUCGGGAGCCAACGAGCCAGCAACUUGGUUCAAACAGACGAUUCGGAACGCAUGCGGGCUUAUUGGACUCUUACAUGCUGUUUCGAAUGGCGAGCCGCGGAAGCAUGUUAUCCCCGAGUCGGAUUUGGAGAAGCUGUUAAAGGAUGCGGAGCCCUUGCCACCGGUUGAGAGGGCGGACCUGUUGUAUGAGAGCAAGGCGUUGGAGAGCGCUCAUGCGGAUGCGGCAAAACUCGGCGAUACCAAGGCGCCUGGGGCGGAGGAUGAUGUGGAUUUGCACUUUGUGGCGUUUGUGAAGGGAGCUGAUGGAAAGCUUUGGGAGCUUGAUGGGAGGAGGAAGGGGCCGCUGGAGAGGGGAACCUUGGCUGAGGGUGAAGAUGCGCUCAGUGAAAGGGCGCUGGAUCUUGGGGUUAGGAGGUUCUUGAAGGUGGAAAGUGAGGGUGGAAACCCGGAUUUGAGGUUUAGUCUGACAAUCUGUACAUGA